AUGGCUCGCAAGAAGGCGACCCCCCGGCGGAUCCCCAAUGACGCGGCACGGAGCACCACCUUCAGAAACCUCCACAAUGACCUGGUGAAGAAGGCGAGUGAGCUGUCCACGUUCUGCAAUGUCAACACUUGUGUGAUUGUGUAUGGUGAGGGAGAGGCGCAGCCCAAGGUAUGGCCAUCCGUCGAUGAGGCGGUACCCAUCCUGCAUCGAUAUAAGGCCAUGACCGAGGAGGGUUUCCUCCGCCAGCGCAUGGACAAGCUCAGAGAGCAGGUCCACAAGGCGAGGCACGAGAACCGUGAGCUUCACACAGCGUGCCUAGUGCACAAGGCCAUGCUUGGCCGCCUCCCGGGACUCAAGGGCCUUACCGUCGAGGAGGUCGCCAACGUUGGUUGGAUGGUGCAGAUGAAGCUCAAAAGCAUUGGUGACCGCAUUGCGAAUCUCCAAGCACAGGCGGCGCUCCAGCUCCAAGCUCAGCCGGCUCCCCCUCUGACGUAUGCAGGUGCCGUAGCAGGAGACCUGGCUCGACAUGGUGAAGCCCCCCUGGUCCAAGGUGGAUUUAUUGGUGGCAAUGAUGCCAGCUCCAGCACGGCUGACAACAUGGCCAGCACCAGCGCCAGUGCAGGGUUCUCAUGGCAAUGGCCUGAUGAUACUGGCGAUUCUAGUUCGUCUUUCCAUCCCAAGUAA